ACACAAUAUGACAUUUCUGAUUUCCUUGCAAAUUGUAACACGGCGCACAGUAAAUUUUAGAUUGUGUAGCGCAUAAAUUAGCGAAAAUAGUCCUGUGCGUAAUAUUUAUAAAUUUGUAAUAGAUAUAUUUGUGUAUUAUCUAUUAUAUGUGAGUGAACUAAUUCAACACAAAUACAAAAUGAACAAGAACUUAUGUUUUGUCUUAAGUCUGAUAUUAUGUUUAGAAUGCGUAUAUGUGGAGUCCAUCCAACACACACAAAUAAUUCGUUUCAAUACCAAUUUAUUUACCACCCACAAUGAUGACCACCAUUGGGACUUGCUUCUGUUCGCGCAGCACUGGCCAGUGACAUUAUGCAGGAGCUGGACCACGCAUACAUGCAAGAAAUUCAAUGAAACUUGGAUUGUUCAUGGUGUAUGGCCAACUAAGUUCGGAAGCAUUGGGCCGGAGAAAUGUAAUAGUUCAUGGCUCUUUGAUCCUGAUCAAGUGAAAACUAUUGAACAAGAUUUAGAAGAGAAUUGGACCAAUUUAGAGAGUGACACGUCCUUAUACAGUUUUUGGAUUCACGAGUGGUCGAAACACGGCACGUGUGCCGCGAGCAUCGAACCUCUGAACUCCGAGUUCAAGUAUUUCUCCCAAGGCCUAGACUGGCACAAGAAGAUUCCACUGACUAUGAUGCUCGGUGAAGCAGGCAUAGUCCCUUCCGACGAAAAACAGUACAAAAUCAUCGACAUUUACCAUGCCAUUAAAAAUAAAACGAAGGUUAACCCGACAAUACAAUGCGUGCAUGUAAAGGGCGUACAGCUGUUGUCAGAAUUGCACGUUUGCUUUAAUAAGAACUUGGAACUAGUUGAUUGUGACGGAGUCGUGUCUCCGAAACAUGUGAUUGAUGGAGUGACAGUUAUGACCAACUGUAAUCCUGCGCAUGAUGUUUUAUAUCCUCACAGUGUGGAGCCUCCCGCGAGAGUUCUUGUACAGUUGUAUAAAUUGUCGUCGCUUUUGCAGUGGUUGACGCUUUGAUUUUAAAACUAUUGUCAAUAAAGGACGUUUCCAAAGCGACAAAACUUAGGAAAUUUUAAAAACAGAACAGUUGCUACUGUUUAAAAAAAUAGUGGCAGCUCCAGAUAAAGACGUCUAUUCUGAAUUCCAUAUCUUUUCGGAAAAUUAUCAAUUUUGCAUUUCAAAUAUAUUACAGGUUUAAGCUGACAGGCGUUUUUGCAAUGAAAAUAUGCUUUUCAAAGCAACGCAUAAGUAUUUGUCUUACUACUACUUCUAACAUGAAAAUUAUAAUUCAUGUCACACGCGCCGUUCGGCAAUUUAGCCCUAUUCCUAUGUAGUAUUAUUACUUCUCGCACCAUAAUAUUGCGACAUCAUUCUAUUCCAUAUUUUCAUCACUUUUACGGAGAAGAAUUAAAAAUAAUGAAUUUAGGUAGGCAAAUACGUAUAUCAAUUUAGAGGAGGUGCGCACAGGCGGUUUAAACAAAUAAUCUGCUGUCGAAUAUCAGCAAUUAAUGUAUGGAAACCGCUGUGUUAAAUAUCCAUAUAUUAUAACGUAAUCAACAGCCGAUAUAUUUAACCGCCCGUGCGCGCCCCCUCUUAUUUAGUGUUGUUAGGCUUUGUAAUGUUGGAAACUUUUAUAGUUCCAUCAUAUCCGUCCUCCGUUGCAUCCUUUCGCGCUGUUAUUUAAUAUUAUUCUAAAAACUGAUAUUUGUCACUUUUAAAAUGUAGAAGUUUUCAAAUGAAUACAUAGAUGGUUAGUUAUUACAAGUGACCUAUCCCAGUCCAUAAGAAUUUCUGUAAAAUAUACUCUCGCGGUAUGACCGUGGCUCUGCACGAAGAAGCAAGUCUUGACAUCCACUUGAUCAUAUUUCUUGAUUUUUACUAGUUACGUUUAUUAUUUUAUUAUAUGUACUUGUAUUGUUAAAUUAAUUAUUGAUUUGUUUACAAACACGUUAUUUUAACCAUGUAAUGGGAACUGUGAUUCUGGAUAUUGUAAUUUUUAAUACAUUUCCUGUACCAACAUAAUAAUUGUGCAAUAUCAUGUUGUUUUUUGUGUUUUUAUUUAUUUUAUUGUAAAAUUUCUGUAUGUUUAUAAAAUAAUAAUUAUUUGUAAUUUCUCCAAAUUUUGCUUUCGGCCAUUUUAGGAGUCAACUACAACCGUAAAUGUAUUCAAAGCACCUUGUUUAUGGGCGUUAAAGGUUAUCUAAUGUUACCAAGAACAGAGCAUUGUGUUAUGAAUAAUAGAGUAAUAAAAAUAGCAGUAAACAACACUACUGUGGAUUGUAGGUACAAGUUACAUCAUAUAUGAUACAUUUAUUAUAAUGUAAAAAAAGUUUGUUUGCGUUAAAUCUAAUAAGGAUUGAAAAUACUGUCAAUUUAAUUUUCAUAAUCAGGCGUCAAUGCCUUAUUGUACUGUGCAUUCGAAAUCUUUAAUUGGAAAUAUAUACAUAUUAAUCGUGUC